UCAAAAGUUGAAAUUUUUCACAUAAAAAUUUGACCUGAUUUCUACCUUGUCUCCAAAUAUUGGCAGUCCUGACCACAUGGGCCUUGUAUUUCCCCACAGUCAGUCGGUUCAGAGACCCUGCUGCCCCCACGAUGGGGCACCAGCUCCCUCCUAAGCCCUGGCCCCACUCAUCACAGGAUAGGUCCCAGGGGAUCUUCUCCUCAUCCACUUUGAUUCCACGAGCCUGAAGGAAGAGGAGUUGCUGACUGGGAGGAUCAUGAGCCCAACUUCUAAUCUAAGGGAGCCAGUGACCUUCCGGGAUGUGGCCGUGGACUUCACCCAGGAGGAGUGGGGGCAGCUGGACCCUACGCAGAGGACGCUGUACCGUGACGUGAUGCUGGAGACCUUCGGGCACCUGCUCUCUGUGGGUCCCGAGCUUCCUAAGCCUGAUGUCAUCUCCCAGCUGGAGCAAGGGGCUGAGUUCUGGGCGGGGGAGCGAGGAUGCACCCAGAGCUGCCAUUCAGGCUGGGAGCCAGGCUUUCCUGAAGAGAAGCUGGCCACCGGCGCAGAAAGAGAAGAGUUCCCGAAGGUCACUACUUACUCCUCCCUGGUGGGGGACACGUGGCCGUGUGAGAGCCAGGGCCAGGGCCAGACACACAAAGAGGACCAGAGUGAUGGGUGGCAACUGGCAUCUGGCCUUGAGGAAGGGGGAGUUCACAGUCAAGGCUGCGAAAGCCUCAGGUGCGGGGAGAGCUGUGUGCUGAGCUCCAGCCCAGGGCCACUCCUGAUUUCCAAGGGAGAGUAUCUCUGCUCUUCUGACUCACAAGUGCCAGGUGUGGACCCUGAGCCAGGCAUGGCCAGUGAGCCAGCGGGCUCCCUGGAAGAACAGCUUCAAGAGGACCACAGGCCCUCCGACCAGGCCGUCCUGGGCCUGGAGCUUCCGAGGAGCCAGGGCCUGGACAAGCCCUACAAAUGCACUGACUGCGGGAAGUCGUUCAACCACAAUGCACACCUCACUGUGCACAAGAGGAUCCACACGGGUGAGCGACCAUAUGUGUGCAAGGAGUGUGGGAAAGCCUUCAGCCAGAACUCCUCCCUGGUGCAGCACGAGCGCAUCCACACGGGGGACAAGCCCUACAAGUGCGCGGAGUGCGGGAAGUCCUUCUGCCACAGCACACACCUCACCGUGCACCGGCGCAUCCACACUGGUGAGAAGCCCUACGCCUGCCAGGACUGCGGGAGGGCCUUCAACCAGAACUCCUCCCUGGGCCGGCACCGGCGGACACACACCGGGGAGAAGCCCUAUGCCUGCAGUGUGUGCGGGAAGGCUUUCUCACGCACCACCUGCCUCUUUCUGCACCUGCGCACUCACACUGAGGAGCGGCCCUACGAGUGCAACCGCUGCGGCAAGGGCUUCCGGCACAGUUCCUCGCUGGCCCAGCACCAGCGCAAGCAUGCAGGGGAGCCACCCUUCGCCUGCCGCCCCAUCUUUGAGCAGACAGUGGCUCUGGUGAGGCCACAGUGGGCAGACGCCGACCCUUGCACACCACCUCUGAGCCAGGAGGAGAGGGCACUGCGCAGCGAGAGGCCCUUCCGAUGCACCCAGUGUGGGAAGUGCUUCACCCAGAGCUCCCACCUUAUUCGCCACCAGAUCACCCACACCAGGGGCGAGGAGCCGUCCGGGCGGUCCCGGAGGCGCCAGCAGGCCUCCAGUCGGAGUGCACAUCACACCCGGCAUCCCCAGGCAGGGUCGGGACAGAGCCCCAGGGAUCAGGCCAGAGCAGCACAGCCAGCGAGAGGGCCACUGGCCCUGUUUGAUAUCCACAGACUCAUACAAGAGAAAAACCCUGUGCAUGUCAUUGGGGUGGAGGAGCCCUCCUCCACUGUGUUCAACCACAGGGAGUCCACCUAGGAGACAAGCACUGGCCGUGACCUCUGACCCUCAGGUGUGCAGACGUGCAGAUGACUUUCCCUUUACAUGAAAGGGAGCACCUUCUGGCGUACUUUGCCCAUGGUGGUUCUGUGUGAUAGUGCCAUUCCACAGAGGAGGAAAAUUAAGCAGAAGACAAAAGUAACCCGCCUGAAGUUACACAGACAGGAAGUGAUGGAGUCAGAAUUUGAUGUCAGUGCCCAGCGACAGUGGCUGAAACUAACUUUGUUCCAAGGCUGACUUUCCAGUGGCUCCGUGAGGUCAGAACCAGUGUUUUCUGCAGGCCUCUCAGGCCUUCCCCCAUGGUCACAGAGAGAUGGCUACAGCUCCAGCCAUUGCAUCUCUAAUGAAGACGAAGCAGUUGGGAAACAUGAGGAUGUUUCAAACAAAAGACUCUCCCAGGAGCCAGUAUUGCAUACCCAGGUGUGACCCAUUGGCCAAGACUGGGUCACAGAGCCUCCCUAAUAAUAAGGAGACUUAGAAAGGUGGCGUCUCGUGUUUCUCACCUCUGUGGAGGGCGCAGGUAAGAGACAAGCCCCAGGAGUCGGGUGAUGUGCAGGCAGCUAGCAGCCUCUGUGGCUUUCUCCUCCAGCUCUCGGAAGACCGUCCUGGGCUCCCAGCGUCCACCUCAGCCCCUUACCUCUGUCCCACCUUCACAGGAACUGCCCUUGCCAUAGCUGUCUUGAGGCCACCUUGGCUUCCCCUCUGCCGGCCGCACUCCUGUGGUACCCCUCUCCCCUCCACCUCUUCAGGGGCUUUGGUUCCCCCUUCUUACCCACUGGGGUCCCCGGGUGUCAUCCAUACGCUGGCUGUGCUGCCUGCCCCAACUCUGAGUCUCGGGUGUUUCUGAGUUCUGAGCUUGGGCUCCCAAUAGCAGUUGUCUCCUGGGCAGCUGCUGCCACACAAGCCGUAAGCUCCCCCGAAACUGCCACUUGCCCACCUAGACGAGUCUGUUCCUCCGUCUCCACUGCCAUUGCCCUGAGAGGGAGGUGACGUGCUACCAGCCAGGCCAGCCGGGGCAGCCUGGUACCAGACCCACUUGGGACCCUUCCUCCUCACUGCCCCAUCAGGGCUUAGGGUUGAGACUUGGGACUGCCCAGGGAGCAGUAGUAACGUCAUGGUUCGAGACAGCUCUGGAGGCCGGGCCUGUGAUUCCCUUGUGCCCUCCACCUUGACCCCAAAACUGCAGGACUUGAAGAGGGCAUGUUUGGACAUUUUCCAGAGUGGAAGGAAGACUGGGAGGGCUGAGGUCCCAGCAACCCGGCUGGUCAGAUGGGGACAGGCAGCAGUGCAAGGAGCAAGCACUGGUGUCAUUUCUCGGUCCGGCUCGUGCUCCGUCAUGGUGUUCCUACUGAUCGUCUUGUGGGUGUUUUGGAAUAGUCAGAAACUCCUCGGGAAACUACCGGGUACUAGGAGAAAUCAUGGUUUUACCUAUUUAUAAAGUAACGCAAGUUCUUUGUAACCAAAACUUGGAAAGUACACAAAAAUUUUUUAAAAAAGAAAAACUCAUUUGAAUUUAAUUCUAAUGCUUUAACCACACAGAGAUAGUUAUUACCAUGAAGAUUAUGCUAAUUUUUCCUUACAAUUUUUUUAAACAGGUAGAUGCAUAUACAGAGUGUACAUUAAAUCUUAAACAUAUAUGUGUGUGUGUAGUUAUCUUGUGUUUAGAAAUUUGGAGUCCUUUCGUGUUCUCUUGUAACCCAUGUUUUUUACUAUAUUUUGAGCAUUUUCCCUGUCAAGGAGUUUCGUGUAGCUUUUAAAUUACCUUUCAGGAGCGAUGCACCGCCCUUCACUCAGCGCUUUACCAGCUUCGGGUUUUCUCAGAGGGGUAGAGACAUUCCCUGUGCAUUUCCAAUGGGAGUUGAUGAAGCUCACGUGGACUGCAGUUUCGCAGCCACUAUCUAAAUUACAAAUACAGAAAGGUUUUAUUUCAGGAAACCUGCUGGGAAUGAGUCUCACAACAUAUUUGUACAUAUGCAAAUGGUUUGUAUAUAGUUUUCAUUAUACUAUUGAUUUUUAAAGUAAAAAAUUUGGAAGCAACAGCUGAAGUCACCAUGGAGAACUGGCUAAGUAAUUUAUGAUAGAAUAGAUAUCACAGCCUUAAAGAUGGAUCCUGUGGGCCGGAGAUAUAGCUCAGUGGCACAGCCUCCUGCCUGGCAGGUGCAAGGUCCUGAGUUUGAUUCGCAGUACCAAAAAAAUGGACCCUGUCCUUAUAUACUAACAUGAGAAGUGAAAAUGAGCAAAGUGUAAAACUGUGUAGUAUGUUUCAUUUGUGUAAAGAGGAAAUGUAUGUGUAUGCACACGUAAUAUCCAGAAGUAAGAAAAUAUGUAUACUGGCUCCCUUGGGAAAGAAAAGGGGAGUGGGGAGGAGGAAUAUUUUCACUCUAUAUCUUUUUACAUUUUUGGAAUUUUGAAACAUGUAAAAGUAUUACCAGUUCAAAAAAUAAAUUUAACAAAAACCUCGA